AUGAGGUUUCACUUUUUGCUCGCCGUUCUUGCUCUUUCUCUUCUAGCAUGGGCAGCUGAACCGGCAAUGACAACUUCUAGUCCCCAAUCUAAUGUCGUCCUAGCCACCCAGCUUGGUCCAUACCCAGUCUCCAUCUACGACCAUGAAAUCAAGACUUCGCGUCCAGAUCCACUUGCGCCGACACCACAGCUUCGCCGCCUCAUGGUCACUGUCUACCGGCCGUUCCUCGACAUUUUGACAUGUCCACUCGAGCAUCAGUCGCAAAUCCUAUAUGCUCCACCCGUUGUCGCCACCGCCCUUCUCCAGGGUCUGCUCUCAAACACGUCCGCGUCAAAUGUAUCAUCGAUCCUCGCUCCAGUGAAGCUGGUCAAUUGCUCCCGACCUGUCCCGACGUCUUCCCCAUCUGGGCCGCUGCUUCUUUUCAGCCCCGGUUACGGCGGUACCCAUAACGGCUACGCAUCCAUCCUACAGGCCGCCGCCAGCUCCGGCUAUACGGUCGUUGCCAUCGACCACACUUACGAGGCCGCUGCAGUCGUCUUCCCCGACGGCUAUGUUGCAUACCCUAGCGCCGCCACCAACGCAUAUGACAGCACCCACAGCGGUCAAAACUUUCUACAGGCCAUCCGGAUCGCUGAUACCGUGUCCGUACUUGACGCCAUUGAAAGUGGCAGUGUGGCCGGUCUCGGCCGCUAUUCUAACUCCAGCCGCAACCCCAACUCAACUUCCGCUUUCCCAUCCACACCGCUCCGCGCCCUCAUGUACGGCCACUCGUUUGGUGGUAGCACGGCCGUCAACGUUGCUGCCUCAGACGCCCGCGUCCUGGCUGCCGCCAACAUUGACGGCCCCUAUUACGGCCCUGUGGUCAACGGCACCGUGCGCAAGCCGCUGCUCAUGUUGCAGUCAGCGGCGUUGCCGCCGGUUGCCGCCGACUGGUCCACCUUCUACCGGGCCCAUGCGCGCGGCUGGAAGACGUGGGUGCGCCCCAAAAACACGGUCCACUACGGCUACACCGACCUGCCGUUGCUGGCCGACCUGCUCGGUCUGCGCGGCGCCGUCAUACCUGAGGAACUGACCGGCACGGUGAAUAGCCGCCGUCUGCAGGAGAUUGUGUGGCGCUAUACGAUCCAGUUCUUCGCCUAUGUGCUGGGUGAUGCGACCCCUCCCGAAUUUCUGGAUGGACCGAGCACGGAGUUUCCCGAUGUCGAAUUUGUAAGACAUGCAAAGGCAGAGACUGGGCAGUAA